UUGUCCAGGUGCUGUUAUGAUCCUUUUUCAUCUUCCAAAUGGUACUGUUAUAUUGCACACUGGAGACUUCAGAGCAGAUCCGUCCAUGGAACGCUACUCUCUUCUUGCUAACCAGAAAGUCCACACACUUUACUUGGACACAACAUAUUGCAGCCCAGAAUAUACUUUUCCUUCUCAGCAAGAAGUUAUCCAGUUUGCUAUCAACAUUGCUUUUGAGUCUGUAACCUUAGCCCCACGUACUCUUGUUGUCUGUGGAACUUAUGCUAUUGGAAAAGAGAAAGUAUUCCUAGCAAUUGCUGAUGUUUUAGGUUCUAAAGUGAGCAUGUCCCAGGAAAAGUACAAAACACUAAAGUGCUUAGAGCUUCAAGAAGUUAAUUCACUCAUUACUACAGACUGGAAUAGUGCAUUAGUACACGUUCUUCCUAUGAUGCAAAUUAAUUUUAAG